AUGAAAGGAAUAAAAAUAAUUUUAAUUUUAUUUUUAAUACUUAAAAUAAAUUUAAUAAAAUCUCAAGAACCAAUAAAUAUAUUUAUUAAAAAUGGUGAUGAUCUUUGUAAAAUUAAUAAUUAUUUAAUACCAUUUUCAAAUUCAACCUUACCAAUAAUUUUAAACAUUCAGAAUGGAAAUUAUUAUUCAACAUGUAAAAUAAUAAUAAAUAAUAUAAAUAAUUUAACUAUAAUACCCAAUAAUAAUAAAAAUAAUAAUAAUAAUAAUGAUAAUAAUGAUAAUAAAAAUAAUAAUAUUAAUUUGAUUGAUAUUGAAUUUGAUUUUAAAGAUUCAAAUAUUGAAUUUUUAGAAAUUAAUUUUAAAAAUCAAAAUAAUAGUAAAAUUAAUAUUGAAAGUAGUAGUAUAAUAUUAAGUGAUAUUUUAAUUGAUAAUUCAACGAUUAAAUUCAAUGAAAUUUUUCAAUAUAUAAUAACGGCGACUAAUACUACUACAUCUUAUUCAUUAUUACUUUACAGUAUAUUUUCACAAAGUGAAACAAAUAUAUCAAUUAAAAAUGGAAUAAUUGAAUCAAAUGGUUAUUAUAAUAGUAAUUUACAAUUAUUUAGUGAUGGUAUUGAAGAUUUAACAAAUUCAAUAACAAUUGAAAAUAUAAUAAUUAAAGGAUUUUCAAAUAGUAAAUUAUUAAUUGAAGCAAAUGGAAAUCAAUUAAUUAUUACAAAUAUUACCAUAACAAAUUGUAAUUCAAUAGUAUUCAUUUCAACUCAAUCAAUUCAAUCAAUUACAAUAAAUGGUAUAUUAUUAAUUGGAAAUAAAAAUUUUAUAUUAAUUUAUAUAAAUAAACUUUGUAAUUUAAAUAUAAAAAAUUUAUUAACUAGUUGUGAUAAUGGUGUAAAUAAAAAUUCAGCAUUAAUUAAAAGUAGUGAAUAUAUUGAACUUAAUAAUAAUAAUAAUAAUAAUAAUACAACAAAUUAUCAAAUAAAUAUUAGUAAUUCAAAAUUACAUUGUUUUGGAAAUUCAAUUUUUAAAAGUUCAGAAAUUAAAAUUGAAAAUGUUUCAAUUUUAACGAAUCCAUUAUUUCAAAUUGAUGAUAGUUUUUUCAUAUUAAAUAAUAGUGAUUUAAAUAUGAAAUCAAGUUCAAUAGUUUCAAUUAGUUAUUUUAAAGUAUUGAGUGAUUAUUUCUUUCAACUUGAAAAUCAAUCAAAUUUAGUAAUUGAUAAUUGUACAUUUACAAACAGUACAUCUGGAAUGAUAUCAGCAAUCAAUAAAUCUAAAGUAUUAUUAUCAAGUAUAGUUAUUAAUAAUAUUCAAUUAGAUAAUAUACCAUUUUUUAAUAUUAAUAAUUAUUCACAAUUAGUGAUAUCAAAUAGUAGUAGUAGUAGUAGUAAUCAAUACAAUGGUGUGAUUAUUGGUUUAAAUAUUAAAAAAUAUUAUGGAACCAAUUCACCAUUAAUUCUAUCAACUUCAAAUUCUAUAAUAAAUAUAGAAUCAUUAGAAUUAUCAGAAAUUUCAUUUAAUUCAAAUAAUAAAAAUAAUAAUUAUAAUGUAAUUGCAAUUAUAAAUUUAUUUUCAUCAAGUUUAUAUAUUAAAAAUUCAAUAAUAUCUCAUUGUUAUUCAACAGAUUCAAUUUUUAAUUCAAAUGAUGGAACUGAUUUUUUAGUUGAAAAUGUAAAAUUCUUUCAAAAUUUUAUAAUAUCAUCUCAACAAAGCACAACAAGAAAACACAACAGAAUUUAUUUGGUAAAAGGAUGGGUAAAUUCAUUUAGUCCAAUAUUAGGAACCUAUAAAUCAAAUAAUAUAAUAUUAAAUAGUAUUAUAUCUGAGGAUAAUUUGGGAUCAUUUUGGUUUUCAACAAAUGAUAAAAACUUGAUUUCAAAUAAUUUAUCAUUGAUUAAUAGUAGAGUCCCAAUUAAUUAUUUCUUUGGCUCAUUAUUUUCAAAAAAUAUAACAUUUUCAAAUUUAUCAUUAAAAAAUAACUAUUUCUUAAAUUACUUAUUUGAUAUUUAUUAUGGUGAUUUGGUAUUGUUUGAAAAUGUUACAUACUUUAAUAAUAAAGUCAUUAGUACACAAGGUAAAGAUAAUUGGCCAUUCUUAAAUAGGUAUAUGUCUCCAAUGGAUUUAACAUACUCUCAAUUUAGAUUCUUAAAUAAUAAUCAAUUAAAAUUUAAAAAUUUCAAUGUAAUUGAUAAUCAUUUCUUUUCAAGCAUGAUUUAUAUUUAUGAAUCAAAUUUUAUAUUUGAAAUUGGUAAUAUUGAAUUUAAUAAAUUUUAUAAUUAUUCAAGAACUUCAUUUUUAAUUUCACAACAUUCAAUAAUAAAUUUAAAUAAAAUUAAUUUCAUUUCAAAUAAUUCAACUUAUAAUAUUUUAUUUGAUAGUGAUAGUGAUAUUAGUGGUGGUGGUAGUAGUGGUAAUAAUAAUAUAAAAGGUGAAAAUGAAAUAUUUGGAUUAAUUUAUACAUUUAAUUCAAAUUUUACUAUGGAUUCUGGUAUACUCUUAUGGAAUGAUUUCCCAUUUAGUAAUGGUUCAAUAAUUAAUCAUGCUUGUUUAUCAUCAUCAGUACAUUCCUAUACUCUUUCAAUUAUUAAUUCACAAAUUUCUAAUAGUAUUUCAAAUUUUGGUACUUUACAUUUAGAAUUUUCAAUGGAUAAAAAUAAUCAAGUUUUAUUAAAAAAUAAUACAUUUUCAAAUAAUUUUGCAAAAACUGGUUCUGUACUAUAUGUAAUUGGUUUUGGUAAUAUUGGUAAUUAUAAUCAAUCAAUUUUUUAUAAUUCAAAUAGUUUUCAAAAUAAUUCUUGUAUUUUUGGUAAUAGUAUAAUUUCUUCAGGAAUUCCAAAAAUUUUCCCAAUUGAAAAAAUUAUUGUUUAUGGUGGUGACCAAAUUGAAAUUAAUUUUCCAUUUAUUGAUUAUUUUAAUAAUCCAAUUGAUUAUAUUCCAGGUGUAAAAAAUUUAUCAAUAUCAAUUUUAAAUCCUUCAAAUUCACCAAAUCGUAUAGAUCAAGUUUUUAUUCCACCAAAUGUAAUAUCUGGAAUAGGUACAAUUUUUUAUACAUUUAAUGUUAGUAAAGAGGUUGAAUUUAAAAUUUUUUUUUUAAAUUUUCAAGAUUUAAAUCCAAUUAAAGUAAAUGUAAUAGGUUGUUCACCUUUUACUUUUCCUGAUAAACAAAAGGGUUGUUCUUUUUGUCUAAUUGGUUCAACUGUUAAAAAAAGAUAUUAUUAUGAUGAUGAUGAUCUUAUUGAACCUUGCAAAAUAUGUCCAGAUAGUUUAACUUGUGAGAAUGGAGAUGUUUAUUCCCAUGUUGGUUAUUAUUUAAUUAAUCAAGAUGUAUCAUUGGUUUACCAAUGUGCAUUAGAUAUGUGUUUAGAAAAUAAUCAAUGUUCAAAUAAAAAUAAUUAUGGUGAUUUAUGUUUUGAGUGUAUUGAUAAUGAUGGAAAUCAAGUUGUUUCAAAAAAUGGUAUUCAAUGUUGUUCAAAAUUUAUAGGUUGGUUAAUAAUUCCAAUUAUUUUAAUUUAUUUAAUAUUUGGUUUAAUUCUAUCUUAUAUAAAAUAUACAGUAUUUAAUAGUUUAUUAUUGGUUUUAAUAUUUAAUUUAAAAACAUUUUUAAAAUUAGUUAAAAAAUUAGGACUAAAUCUAAAAUUCAUUGAAAAAUUUAAAUUACAAUCAAAAUUAAUUCAAAUUUUAAAUACUGACACAAGUAAUAGUAUAUAUAGGAAUCAAUUUAAAUGGUGGAAUGUUAUUGAAAUUAUUAGAUCAAUUAUAUUUUCCAUUCUUUCAAUAUCAAUGAUAUUCUCACCAAAUUAUUAUAUGUUAAUUAUAGUUUCAAUACAAAUAACUCCAAAAUUGUCACCGACAGCCAAAAAAGAUCAAGAAGUGAAUGCAGAUUACGCCAACCACAGAUUCCACAAAGAAUACUUUGAAUGGAACUAUAAAGCAAUAGACUAUGAUCAUUCGCAUAUAGAAACCUAA